AUGGACAUGGACACGGACAAGGACACAUCUACAGCUGCAACCACCAACACAGCUACUACUACACCUCUCAGUCAUAAUGAUGACACUGCCACAAAUAUGAACAACGAUACCUUCCUAGAUUCUUCCAAUACCACCACCACCACUACAACCACUGCACUUCCACCCAGAAAGAGGGCUAAAACUCAAGAAGAGAAAGAACAACGCAAGAUUGAACGUAUCUUGAGAAACAGAAGAGCAGCCCACGCCUCGAGAGAAAAGAAGAGAAGACACGUGGAAUACCUUGAAGUCUAUGUGGUCAAAUUGGAGGAGAAUCUACAGAAACUAUCUUCUGGUUAUCAACAGUUGUUGAAAAAGUUAUCUGUGAAGGAUCAAGUUUCAACUGAAGAGUUGGGAUUGGAGGAUGUGUCUGAAUUAAAGAGUCAAAUUCACUCCAAUUUGAAUGGAUCAAGAAGAGGAGGCAACAGUGGUAGUCGAAAGGGAAGAGGCCAAGUAGAAGAAGAUGAAGAUGAAGAAUGCGAGGAGGGUGAGGGUGAGGGUGAGGAACACAGUGAUGAACUCAAUGAGUCAUCACAUGAAGUGGAAUCUACGCCUGAUGUUCAUGUAAAGGUUGAAUCAAAUUUACAAUCGCCACCACCUUCUAAGAAGAGAAAAUACUCAUCACCAAAGAAGGACAAGACCAAUACUACAACCACUCCUCCACCAUCAACUAGAAGCUCAUCCAUCACCUCACCACCUGCUCAUCGGGUCAAGGUCGAUGAAGCCGAAGCAAACAAUAACUCACUACAACCACAAGCUGUGAAUGAUAAAACUUUUUACAACUACUUGUCUCCAAUAAGUAUACAUUCAUCAGCCAGCUCACCUAUGGAUUUCACAUUGAACAGCAAAGCUGACUUCAACGAUUUUAUAUUUGGUGAAGUCAAACCCGCAACAAGGGAACAAGAAUCAAUCGAAAAUACUACUACAUCACAUUCAACCAACACUCUCAAGGAGUUUCCAUCUCAAACACCAUCAAUUGAAGUCAAUACUCAAGAAUCAAACUUGUCACUUUAUGAACUGGGGCAAAAUUCAGCAGUAAUUUUGUCUAAUGAAGAAGAAAAGCAACAACCUCCUCACACAUUAGUGGAAAUAUUGGAAAAGGAAAAUAGAACGAUGCGUCUGGCUAUUUCUGUAUGA